CUGCGUGCGGUUCAUUGCGUCGAGCUAAGUAACAUGGGAGACAGAGACGAGAGCGAUGAGGCAGAAAAGGCUUUUAGAAAUGAAGAGAGACAACGAAAAAUGUUGUUUACUGCUGGACGUCCACCCUGGUAUGACCCACAGGGACAGUCGAAGGAUCCUUUUCUCAUUGGUGUGGGUGGUGGGAGCGCUUCAGGGAAGACAACAGUUGCGUCGAAGAUCAUAGAAGCUCUCAGUGUGCCGUGGGUUGUGUUGUUGUCUAUGGAUUCUUUCUACAAAGUGUUGAAUGAGGAAGAACAGGAGAGAGCAGGGAGGGGUGAAUAUGAUUUUGAUUGCCCAGAUGCAUUCGAUUUCGAGCUUUUGAUUGAGACAUUUGAGAAGCUGAAAGAAGGUAAGAAUGUGCAGAUACCGAUCUAUGACUUCUCCACUCACAGCCGGAGCAAAGCGCACAGGAACAUCUAUGGUGGUGAUGUGGUGAUUUUCGAAGGCAUUCUCGCGUUCGCAAACAGACGGCUUACAGAGCUGAUGGACAUGAAGGUGUUCGUGGAUACUGAUGCUGACACGAGGCUAUCCAGAAGAUUGCGGAGGGAUAUUGCAGAGCGAGGACGCGACCUGCAGAGCGUGCUGCAUCAGUACAAGAGAUUUGUGAAGCCGGCCUUCGAUCAGUUUAUUGCUCCCAUGAUGAGGCAUGCAGACAUAGUCGUACCUCGAGGUGGUGAGAAUGAGGUUGCUAUUGAUCUGAUUGUGCAACAUGUGCAGAAGAAAUUGAAAGAGGCAGUUCUAUGAAGUUGGAGUCAUAACAAUGUUACUAGGUCUAAGCUGGUGUCAGCCUAUCAAGGGCAGAAGCACCCCAACAGCCUGCACCAGGUCCCAUCAACCCCACAGAUUCAAGGGAUUCACACCACAAUCAGGAAUAGGGAUACUAUCAGGGAUGAGUUUGUUUUUUAUUCCAAGCGUCUGGCACGGAUCUUGAUCGAAUACGCACUCACUUUCCUACCGUUUGAGCCAACUGAAGUCAAGACGUCUCAGAGAACUAUAUACAAAGGUUGCAAGUUCAAAGGACAAGUGUGUGGUGUUUCUAUACUACGAGCUGGAGAAACCAUUGAGCCAGCACUAAAGUCUGUCUGCAAGGAUGUGAAGAUUGGCAACAUAUUGAUUCAGACUAAUCCUGUAAACGAUGAACCAGAGCUUCAUUUCAAACAACUACCUCGGGACAUCAGUCAGUAUCAUGUCAUUCUCAUGGACGCUACGAUAGCCACCGGGGCGGCGGCACUGAUGGCAAUUAGGGUCCUUCUGGACCACGACGUUCGUCCAGAAAACAUCCUACUCGUCACUCUAAUAGCAGCAGAAUUAGGUAUCCACACGGUCGCGUAUGCCUUUCCGGAGGUGAAAAUCAUCACAACAGCCGUAGAUCCAAUUGUAAACGAGCAGUACCACAUCGUACCAGGAAUCGGGAAUUUCGGGGAUCGAAUAUUUGGAACUGGAGACUGGUAGAGAAGACUGCAUCACAUACUGCAUUGCUUACAUUUGCUUUUCUUUACAGUACAGUAUUACGCAAUUAUGCGUGGUUUACCUGUUGAUAUCAAAAUAGUACUUUGUGGGUUAGU